CAGGCUGCUGCUAAGGUAGCCCCGGUACUGGCUGUGGCUUUAGCAGGGAGCGGCGGGCGGACGCGGACCGAGGAGUCGGGGUUCCUGGAGAGCUGCGACGCCCACUGUGAUUGAGAUCUGUUCUACUUUCCACUGAAAUUGUUCAGGGAAAUGUCAUAGCAACUUCCUGACUGCCAAAUUCAAGGGAUUCUGUCCAGUUCUCAUCUUUCUUUGUAUUUUUACAGAAUGUCAUCAGAUGAGGAGAAAUACUCAUUUCCAGUUAUGCAGAAUGACUGCAACCAAAACAGUUCAAGCUCUUCAGAUCUUCAGGAAGAGUAUGAAGAAUUGCUUCGUUAUACUACAGUGACUCCAAAUAUUGAACCAGUAAGAAGAGAAAGAGAAACAAGGACGGAAGUUAGAAAAGGAUGUGAUUUAAAUAUUUCAAGUCAUUCAAAGACAGAAGGGUUAUCACCAGUGUCAUCACCAAGGAAGCCUUUUCACCCCGUCAUGGAUUUUUUCAGUUCAAAUCUUUUAGGCGACUCUUCCACACCUGGGUCUAAUUCUAGUCAUCCAGGUAUCCAUGAAAUAAUUGUGGGCAAUUCUGUUGUUUCUGAAGAAAACCUUCAAAAGGUGGAAAGUGUACUGGAUCUUUGGAGUUCAGGUCUUAAGACAAACGUCAUAUCUGAACUAACUAAAUGGAGACUAAAUUUUAUUGACUGGCACCGUAUGGAAAUGAAAAAAGAGAAAGAUAAACAUGCAGCACAUUUAAAACAACUGUGCAACCAGAUCAACAGCUUGAAGGAGCUGCAAAAAGCCUAUGAAAUUUCCAUUGGGAGAAAAGAUGAGGUGAUUUCCAGCUUGUCUCACGCCAUAGGCAAGCAAAAGGAAAGGAUGGAGCUGAUGAGAACAUUCUUCCACUGGCGGAUUGGCCAUGUCAAAUCCAGACAGGAUGCUUAUGAAGGGAAACUAGCUGACCAGUACUUCCAGAGAAAUUUACUGAAGAAAGUGUGGAUAGGCUGGCAUUCUACGGUGCAAAAGAAGUGGAAGGAUGUGGUGGAGCGAGCUUGUCAAGCAAGAGCUGAAGAAGUUUGUGUCCAAAUUUCCAAUGAUUAUGAAAACAAAGUUGCUGUGUUAUCUGGAGCUUUGGAAAAUGCAAAAGCUGAGAUCCAAAGAAUGCAACAUGAAAAAGAGCACUUUGAAGAUUCCAUGAAGAAAGCUUUCAUGCGGGGGGUGUGUGCAUUAAAUCUUGAAGCCAUGACAAUGUUUCAAAACAGAAAUGAUGCAGACUUCACAAAUAGUAAGAAGGAAGAGUAUGGUCCUGUUCAUCUGGAUCCUUCGGCUACAAUAACCUCAGGAGCCGCCCCAGCACCGUCCUCAGCAGCAGCAGCCAUGGGAGUGGCCAGCACUGCUGCCUUUCCCUCUGCCACGUCCAUCACCUCUGCGGGGACUGCUUCCGCCUCCUGUGUGUCUGCUCCUCUUGGUGCAGGGUCCACGGCUCCCACUGCGUCAGGAGAAACGUAUGUACCCAGAGUUGUGACAUCUGCACAACAGAAAGCUGGAAGAACAAUUACAGCCCGGAUCACAGGGAGAUCUGAUUUUGCUUCAAAAAGCAGAAUUAGUAGCAGUUUAUCUAUAAUGGGAGUUUCUCCUCCCAUGAGUUCAGUUGUUGUGGAAAAACAUCAUCCAGUCACAGUGCAAACCAUUCCUCAAGCUGCUGCAACAAAAUACCCCCGGACUAUUCAUCCUGAAAGUACUACCUCAGCUUCCAGAUCUCUCGGAACCAGAUCAACUCACACCCAGUCUCUCACAAGCGUUCAUUCCAUCAAAGUGGUUGACUGAAAUGAAUACGUUCAUAUUAAGAUCUUUUAAGUGCUCUGGUUUUACCAAGGAUUAGAAGUCUUUAGUUUCAAAUUUUUCCAUAUUUUUAGAACAUCAUGGAUACAUCAUGUUCACCUUUUCAGAAUUAUAAGAGACUUUUUCAAGCCACACCAUCCUUUGUAAAAUAAUAUGUAGGAUUAUUUUAAUGUUAUUUUUUUAAUUUAAGCAAUUAAGUAAAACUUUUUUAAAUUAAAAA